AUGCAAAGAGAAGACUCAAAUCUAUCUUUUCGAUUGUCGCCAUCUCGAACGUCACUUGAUUCUGGAGUUUCAAAUCAGUCGAAUCACAAUGAGUGCGAAAGCGCUUCAAUAUAUCCAUUAAAAUCGUUGGAAAAUGAAUGUGUAUCGAAAAUAAUUCAAGUUCUCGAGUUAGAUGAUUCGAUUGAUUCAGAAAUUAUUGCUAAACAAUUAAUGAUUAAAGGAAGACAAGCUUUACGAGAUUUUGAGCAAGAUGUAUCACGGAAUAUAUUUAAAAAACAAAUGAGUAACGAGCAAAGUGAACUGCUAGAAAUCGUAAAAGCUUAUGUAAAACAACAAUGGAAAGAAAUGAUUACUGAAGAAUGGUUUCUCAAGUUUCUUCGACAGCAAACAUUAGAAUCAACAGUUGUCUAUGAUGAAAUACUGACACGAACCGCAGAAUAUGGUUCGAAAUUUAUCAAAGACAAUCUUCUAUUAUCUUUAACACUUCAGUUUCUAUUCGAAUUCGAUAAUGAAACUAUGGACAACGAUGAUUUAUUCAAUCAGAUAUGGAACACAUUGAUCACAGAAGGCCGUCAAGGCAUUCAACAUUAUAAAGAAUAUAUUUCUGCAAAAGUCCUCAAUGAACAAUUAGAAAAUGAUCAAAGUCCAUUAUACUUGGCUUUACGUGAUUAUUUUGAGAGACCGUUGAAAAAUUUAUUUAAGCAGAAAGAAGUCAGUAUUUCUAAUCCUGAGACAUUGAGAACAGCUCUAGAUUGUGUUGCACGUAGUGGUUGGUCGAAUGGUUUACAUGAUGAAAAAGUAACCGAUUCCAUUGCACCAAAAAAAUUCAAGAUACUCAUUGGAAAACUAACAGAAUAUUUAAAGAGUCAAGGUUUAUCAAUACCGGAUGAAUCGUCUUCGAAUGAAAAGUUAAGACAUAAAUCAGAAGAAAUUCGAAUGCUAAUCGAAUCAUCCUUUCCAACACAACGCGGUACUACUACUUCAGAUUCAGCUCCAGGUAAAGCAGAUUUGACCGAUACAAGAAACAUACAAAUAUCUUUUCAAGGAGUCAUCAGUGAAAUCAUCCUAGUUUCUUCUAAUUCGUAUAACAAUGAAAAUUCAAAUCAUUUCUUGCUAAUUAAAAUAAGUGCCGUUAACAAGAGUGAUGAGAUACAGUAG